AAUGAUUGACAACCCUGAAACUCCAUUUUCAGGAAUUAUACAAGGGUAUGUUCCUACAAAGACGGCAUUUUUUGAAACGCUGGAGCUUAAUCCAGAAGCCUGAUAGUAGUUUAAAAAUUAUUUACUU